AUGAGUGUGACAGAACAACGUUACUCUCAAAUAGAUAAAGAGGCUUUGGCCAUAUUACCCGUUACAGCUGAAAAAAUUGCCAAUGAAACCCGUAAGAUUCAGUACUUGGAAAAUAGUUGCAAUAUUAGAGAAAGGACAUUCGUUGGCAAAUAUGGUUUAUCUGCACCAGAAUCGAAUUAUAGACUCUCAGUUUCGAAAAGACAUUCUUCAAAAUCUACACGCAGCUCUCAUUUAGGGAUGGUAAAAAUGAAAGGUAUUGCUCGUUCCUUUAUGUAUUGGCCAAAAAUCGAUGCAGAUAUUGAAGCAGUGGCAAAAGACUGCAACGAUUGUGCAAGAGUAGCAAAUCAACCUAAGAAGUAUACAGAUCAUCACUGGGAAUAUCCCAAAGGGCCUUGGGAACGAGUGCAUAUAGAUUAUGCUGGCCCUUUCGAGGCUGAGGCAACAAUUGCAUUAGUCGAUGAAGUUUUUGCAAAUUACGGUGUUCCAGCGAUGGUAGUAUCCGAUAAUGGUACAAAUUUCUCAUCAGAAGAGUUUAACAAAUACUUGACGGCUGUGGGAGUCAGAUAUCAUAAAUACACUGCACCUUAUCAUCCCUCUACUAACGGCCAAGCUGAACGUAGCGUUCAAACAGUAAAAAACGCAUUAAAAGCUAUGUGUACAUCAAAACAAACAUUACAACAAAAUCUCAACGAGUUUUUAAGGCAGUAUAAGAAUGCACCUCAUUCAACAACUGGAGUAUCUCCAGCACAACUUUUUCUAGGCCGUCAAAUUCGCACCCGUCUUGAUUUAGUACAUCCAGAAAAUGUUUCUUCUAAAAUAACAAAUAAACAAUUUUUGAAACAACAUGAGCAAUUUAGAGAGUUUCAAGUGGGUGACAAUAUAUAUUUUUUAUCCGGUAAUCAAAAGGAAAGCAAAUGGAUACCAGGUAAAAUAAAUAGGCGUUUAGGCGAUAUUCAUUACGAAAUUCUUUAUGAAAAUAAGUAUGUACGAAGACAUAUUGAUCAAAUUCGUGGUGCUACUCAAGGUGUACAAAAGAUGUGGUAA